AUGACUUUAUCUUUGGUAAAAGAUUCAAUCCCAUGGCCUCCAAAUCCGAACGAAAACAUGGAGGUAUCUGACGUUACUAUUACUAACAUAAGUGAUUCCACUGACUCAGAAAAUUUUACUAGUCUUAACAUCUCUCAACAUGAUUCAUUGCCUACUGCCAGUGAAGACUCUAGUUCCUUUAGCUGUAUUCAGCUACCUGUAACAAGUUUUACCUCUGACACUUUAAGAAUAGCUCCAGUUACUUCCUGUUUAAUGAAAAAUGGAUACAUACGACUUUUCACCGCUCAUCACGAAAUAGUAACAGCAAAGAUCAAAUUAAUAGUCGCCCUCGGAAUCUCACAAAAGAGCCACCUGGAGCUGUUAAUUUUGAAAGAAGUUAUCAAAUUUGCCAAGCAGUGAUCGCCAGUUCUCCAAAUCGAGAUCAAUUGAAAGGCCACUUAAAACCACCACCAAGCUUAUUGGUCAAAACAGAAAAUGGUUGUAACAAUGUCAAAUUUAAUUCUCGCGUGUCAAGUAUAACCAAACCGCAAAAAAAUUUUCAUUUUAACCAAAGAGGAGUAAUUUCUUCUAAUAAAUCCCAUGGUGCCACAGUGAAACAUAUUUUCACAGCAAGCCGUCACAAUUACAUAACAGAG